AUGGGUGCCAAAAAUAAGAAGCGAGUGGUACUUCCAAGUCGACCAGAUCCGCCCACUGUGGAGCAAAUUCUUGAGGACAUCAACAGAGCCUUUUCGAAUGAUCCAGUCUUCAACGUCCUGGAAGAUGGCAACCAAGAUACCAAGAGGGGGUCCUCAGACAAUGAAGCAGAGACAAAGUACCUUCAGAGCCGCAGGUACUUGGAGAUGAAUGAGCGGCUUCAGGAGGUUAGAGGUGAACUUGUGCAGCAGAGGGAGGAACUGUGGGUGGCCAAAGAGCAGUUGGAGAAGAGUGUGGCCGGGGUCAAAGGGAGAGCCCUCUGA